AUGCAAAGAAGACCAAUCUGCCCCGUUGACCUGACCACCAAUGAAAAAGAUGAUAAUGGUGAUCAAAACAAUGACAAUGAUAAUGCAAAUCCAGAAAACAAAGGAAAGAAGAAAGCCCCAAACUACACAGAGCCCAAGGACUAUGAGCUAUGCCGCGCCUGGGUUCAGGUACCCAAAGACCCUGCUGUUGGGACCAAUCAAGAUGGAGGGAAGUUCUGGCAACAAAUCAGCACGGUAUAUCACGAGGCUGUACCAAGACCAAUUUGGCCCAUUGCCAGCUUGAAAAAACAAUGGAGCAAUAACUUGCAGCCGCCAAUCAAUAAGUUUUGUGGUAUCGUUCACCAGGUUGAAGGGCUCAACCAGGGUGGAGCUUCCACUGAGGAUCAGUUGAACCAAGCUCUCCGCCUGUACACCUUGGAUCAACAAACACCUUUCAAACAUCUGAAAUGCUAA